UCUCUUUCCACUGAAAAGCUUGAACGAGAGAUUCACACCCUCCAACACUCACAAAAAAAAAAAAAGCCAUAAACAAUAACCAAAAAGGAUUCAUCAUUGAAACCCCAAAAAUCCUUCUUGAUUUCAAUACCCCUCACCCCAUUGUUUUUCUUUGUCAAAGGAAUCAAUGGAUUCCACCUCUGGAACUAAGCUCCAGCUUCACAAGAAGAAAACAUGGUUCCUUCUCUUAACAUUUUCUCUUCUCCUCUCAACUCUCCUCAUCACCAUCUCCAUUACUUCAACUUCUUCAACAACCCCUUCUCUUUUAAACUACGCCCACAAUCGCAAACCCAAACCCCCACUUCCUCAGUUCGUGGAAUCUAAGCUCCAUGUUGCUUCGAUUUCACCGAACCCGAUUCCUAAACUGGCUUACCUCAUCUCCGGCUCAGCCGGUGAUGGGGUUAGCUUGUUGAGGACUUUGAAGGCUUUGUACCAUCCAAGGAACCAGUAUGCCGUACAUUUGGAUUUGGAAGCUUCGGCUGAGGAGAGGUUGGAAGUGGCUGAGUUGGUUGAAAACGAACCGGUUUUUAAACGAGUUGGGAAUGUUAGGAUGGUUACUAGAGCUAAUCUAGUGACUUAUAGAGGGCCAACUAUGGUUACUAAUACUCUUCAUGCUGCCGCUAUUUUGUUUAAGGAAGGUGGUGAUUGGGAUUGGUUUAUUAACUUGAGUGCUUCGGAUUAUCCUUUGGUUACACAAGAUGAUCUGCUUCAUACAUUGUCAACUAUCCCAAGAGACCUUAAUUUUAUCGAACAUACCAGUGACAUUGGAUGGAAAGAGUAUCAAAGAGCAAAGCCUGUUAUAAUCGAUCCAGGGCUUUAUAGCCGGCGAAAAUCAGAUGUAUUUUGGGUUACGGAGAAACGGAGUGUACCAACUGCAUAUAGGCUGUUUACAGGUUCUGCUUGGAUGAUGCUCUCUCGACCAUUCAUCGAGUAUUGUUUAUGGGGCUGGGACAACCUCCCGAGGAUAGUCCUCAUGUACUACGCAAACUUCCUUUCUUCCCCUGAAGGCUACUUCCAUACUGUUAUCUGCAACGCCAAGGAGUUCCGGAACACCACCGUUAACCACGACCUUCAUUUCAUAUCUUGGGACAACCCGCCGAAACAACACCCGCAUUUCCUUACUGUAAAUGAUUACCAACGGAUGGUUGACAGCAACACACCCUUCGCCAGGAAAUUCAGCAAGAAUGAACCGGUCCUUGACAAGAUCGAUUCAGAGCUUUUAGGCCGCAGCACCAAUGGAUUCAUCCCCGGUGGAUGGUUCAACAACAAAGGAAAUCCUAACAUAACGCUACCACAGCACGUCCGAGCAAAUACUACAGAGCUCAAGCCAGGUCCCGGUGCCGAGAGGCUCAAACGUCUCAUAAACAGUCUGUUUUCAUCAGAUGAUUUUAUUGCCAAGCAAUGCAGUUGAGUUGACACCGGUAUUUCGAGAAGCAACGGCAUACUAGUAACCGGACACGGCUGAAGACACUGUCGAAUUAAUAACCGAAAACUGCCGAUGAUGAUCAGUUGACAAAAGGCAUAGGAUUUGAUUAAUACAAUAUUUUUUUGUAGCUCAUUUACAUAAUUAUUUAUUGGUUUAGAUGUAGGUACUUUAUGAUCUAUCUAUCUAUCCUUGUGAUAAAAUCAUGUGUUAUAUUUUUUGCUUACAUUGGCAAAAAGAGUAAUGAUUUUAAAGGGAAUCCUAAUUGUAGAUUUUUGCAGAAAGAUCAAAGCUAAGGAGAUCAAUGAUAUUUUUUCUGCAA